GAGACAAAGCUACUUCGUUCGCGUCGACGGUCGCUGCCACUAGAAAGUCGUUGGCAGUUGGUGGGUGCGGUUGUUAUGUGAGUCGGAAAAAAAGUGUGUCGAUUGAGUUUCGUGAGAAAGUUUUGCCCGGUUACAAGGUGCACUAAGUGAAGCGUAGAAGAAAAGAAGGUUAUUGUUGCUGCGUUCUUUGUAUUUUACGUUUCAUCGUUUUAACGAAUCUCUGUGGUAUCUCAGAGAUCGAUUGGGAGAAACGAGUUGGAACGCGUUUACGAUCGAAAAAGUUACGAUCGUCACGACAUCUCUGACUUCCGACAGAUUAAUUUCGUCGCUUUUGGGAGACGAUCCCAACGAAAUUUGAAAAUUCUAAAACAGAAGAUACGCGCUACUAUCACAGAGACUUAAGAUUGAAACAAAUUGUGUCAUAUCUUAGUCGAUAUUUGCGAAAGAACAAUCGAAAAGCGCUCAGUUUCUUUUCGCGCUGGAGCGUCAGCGAACGAAUACUAAACGCGAUCGUGCGACGUGGCGACGACGCCAUUUUGUGAAGACUCCUGUGUGCGAACUGCGAGCAACAACGGUCUCUCUCGAGCCGUGAUCUCUCGAAUCACGGAAGGAAUAGUGCUUUCUUUUGAUCGCGUCGUCUCUCGUCUCUAUCGGGGGAAAAAACAACGGAAGAAGUGGAAGAAGAAGAAGAGUGGUACUGUACUAUCAGCAAAAUUUUAUCAUAGACCGUUCGUCCUGGGUCGUAUUGCAUACCAACCAUGAGACUGGAAAUUGUGUCAGCGGCGGAUUUUUUGGUGCAUCUACUGCGUCUUCAGACAGGUCAACUGUCUGAACGUCAGCUGGAGAUGUUCAAGUCCUCUUUGACGGAGGUUUUGCGUCAUCGUUACAGGGAUCACUGGUUCCCAGAUCGACCAAAUCGUGGUUCCGGUUACCGUUGCAUACGUAUCAACGGUAAAAUGGAUCCAGUAAUAGCACAGGCAGGUGCUAACGUCGGUUUACUGCCAACGGUAUUGCAUAGCUUGUUUCCAAGCGAGCUCACCAUGUGGAUCGAUCCAUCGGAAGUAUCCUACAGAAUCGGUGAAAACGGAUCUAUUUGUGUUUUAUACGAACGUACAGAACCUGAACCGGAAGAAUCUCAACAUCAGCAUCAACACCAACACCAGCAUCAACACCAUCAGCAGCAACAGCAACAACAGCAGCAGCAAUUUGAAAGUUGCAAGGAUUCGUUGUUAUUGGAGCAUUCACAAUUUAGCGAGCAGAUCGCCGCGUUCGUUUCCAGUUGAAGCGUUUUUCCACGUAAAUUCAUCGAUGCGACAACACUAGCAUCUUGUUUCGUUUUCACUGGACGUGCAUCACGCUCUCGGAUUGAUCAAAGCACAUGGGUUUCAUGAUAUGUGGAUGGCGUUCCUCUGGUCGGGUGAAUGUUUAACUCGUGCACACGAACGCGCAAUUUUACUCUGUAUAAGUCGAGUUUCAAAGGAAAUGAAGUGUGCACUGUUCUAUCUAAAUAAGGACAACAAACGUGUAAAAAAAGUGUAUAACCGUUUUUUUUUUUUUUUUUUUUUUUUUUUUUUUUUAUUUUAUUUUAUUUUGCUAAAGCUGAUUUAACCGAAAAAAUUCGUCCAAUACGUAUCGUUCGACGAGCUUUUGUCGGAGUCCCAACGAUCGUUAUCACGACCGACUCUAGUCCAACCGUACACAUACAUAUGUAUCAUCCUGAAUUUUUGUCAACCAUACGAAAGAGGAAGAGAAUUCAUGGAAUUCAUGGCAAGAAGAGCACCAUCAUCGUUUGAAUAUUCGAGGAGAAUAUUGCGCGUUCGCGUAACGACGAUGUCUAACUAGACCAGCGGUCCUCUUACGUUUUGGCGUAUUUCACGAGAAGAUCCAGUUUUUCCAACUCUUUCUGUUGAAAAUACCGACUGCUAGCGAGAUCGCGCCCGCAAAUGUGAGAAAAUAAUAUAUGGGCGAGCUCCGCUCCGAGGGUCUCUCUCAGACCGACAAAUUGAUCUCAGCUCACCUCCCGCGUACUUCCGUUUAUCUCGAAAAGAAGUUACGUCUGGAGUGGGGGAACAACGAACCAGUCUGUGGCCCUCUCUCUGUUCUCGUGAGAGGAAAAGCGAAACAAGCUUCUCUCCCCUCUCCCCCUCUCUUGGAAAGGAUUCAACAAUGUGUUUUUAUUGUCGCAAAUCUCUUUUCUUCCACGAACGUUUUUUAUCUAUCAAUCUAAUUGAUUAUUCUGAACCCUCUCGUGUUCCGAUGUUCUUGAUAUGCUUUCCCUCCGCUGAUGAAGGCCGAAGGACGAACAUCGAGGACGAAGAUGAAAAAAGAAGCAAUUGGUUUUCCAGUGAAAAAUUGACGAAUAACAUAUAUACUGCAUUCUCUCUUCUAUCCGCAUGGUCAACACGCUGGUUGAGCUUCAAGAAUUUUUUUUUCUCUCUAACCUCGCACGGUCAAUGCAAAUCACCACCGAGUCACACAUAUACGAGUAUACCAAACACAUACCAAGAAAAACCAACAUAUAUAUGUUUCCGUCACCACUUUGUCCAACAUACAGAAGAGACCUGUUACUAUAAACGAUUAUCGAUCUGUGUCGACCUUUCCAUUUUCUUCUUUGAUCCGGAGCUCCUCUUACAGCACGCAUUAACAAGCAUGCUAAUGGCAAUCAUAUUUAUCAACUAUUCUCGAUGUCACUGGUAUCGUAGCAGUGGCCCAUUAUCGUUCUUGGAUCGUCCAUAGCCAUUGUUUCAUUGAUCAUCAGUAGUCGAGCAGUCUCGAACUCGAUCCACGCGUCGGCAUCGUUGACACAAUAAGAAUACACGUUACACUUCAUACGUACAAACCUUUAACAAAAUGCGUGAGUUUUAUAUGUACAUAUAUAUAGGUAUUAUGUAUGUAGAGAGCACGUAUUGCGCAAGUCGAUGGAAACCAUAUUUGCGCGAAUACGUUGCGCCAAAUUGUAUAUUAUGUAUCUGUUUUGCGAGUAUAGAGCGAGGGGAAACGAAUGUAUAAAAGAGAGCACAAGAAACUGAGUGCGUGAUUGAAAGUGAGAAUGUGUGCCGUGUGCGUUGCGUGCAUAUUAUGUUACGUAUGUGUGUUGCCAUAUAGGAUGAAUGAGAGUAAGAAAGAAAGAAA